AUGACUAACCUGAUGGAGUGUCCCGCGGAAGCCACCGUGUGCCAUGGAGCAUCCUGCGUGCGCCCCCCCAGCAACUUCAACGCCAUCCUCAGUGUGACCCUGAGCACUGUCCUGACCAUCCUGCUGGCCAUGGUGAUGUUCUCCAUGGGCUGCAAUGUGGAAAUCAAGAAGUUCCUGGGGCACAUCAAGAGGCCGUGGGGCAUCUGUGUGGGUUUCCUCUGCCAGUUCGGGAUCAUGCCGCUCAUGGGAUUCAUCCUGUCGGUGGCCUUCGACAUCCUCCCUGUCCAAGCAGUGGUGGUGCUCAUCAUGGGCUGCUGUCCUGGAGGGACGUCCUCCAACAUUUUGGCCUACUGGGUGGACGGCGACAUGGACUUGAGUGUCAGCAUGACCACCUGUUCCACCCUGAUGGCCUUGGGCAUGAUGCCGCUGUGUCUCCUGAUCUACACCAAGAUGUGGGCGGACGCCGGGACCAUCGUCAUCCCCUACGAUAACAUAGGGACAUCUUUGGUUGCUCUUGUUGUUCCUGUGUCCUUUGGGAUAUUUGUGAAUCACAAAUGGCCCCAGAAAGCCAAGAUUAUACUUAAGAUCGGGUCCAUCGCGGGCGCCGUCCUGAUCGUGCUCAUCGCCGUGAUCGGGGGCGUGCUGUACCAGAGCGCCUGGAUCAUCCAGCCCAAGCUCUGGAUCAUAGGCACCCUCUUCCCGGUGGCCGGCUACUCCCUGGGCUUUUUUCUGGCCAGAAUAGCCGGUCAGCCCUGGCACAGGUGCCGGACGGUGGCCCUGGAGACGGGGAUGCAGAAUACACAGCUGUGCUCCACCAUCGUGCAACUGUCCUUCACGCCUGAGGAGCUCAACCACGUCUUCACCUUCCCGCUCAUCUACAGCAUCUUCCAGCUGGCCUUCGCAGGGAUCUUCCUGGGAAUGUAUGUGGCAUACAAGAAAUGCACUGGGAAAAACAAAGCCGAACUCCCAGAGAGCCAAGACAAUGAGACAGUGCCAGAGGCGUCACUCUAA